UCAAGAUACUGGAGCAACAGCAAAUGUUUCAUAUGGAUAGAUCGUGUCCCUCCUGAAGGCAAGAUCUUCAGGUACUGACCACUAGAGGGGCUGGGAUGAUGGAAAUAGAAGGUAUCCACAUUUAUAGCAUGGGCUACAGACACACAGUUGUGCAAACAUCAUGCUUUACACUCUCAAAUUAAAGCUUAAAAACCUCCAAGGAAGGAAAGGAGGCCAGAUUGGAGGGGGAGGAGGUGAGAGGAAGGAAACGGGUGGAGAAAACCACUAUAUUCCCAAGAUGCAAGGAAAGUUGAAAAGUAGAAGAAAAAAUAUAUUAAAUCAGUGUAAACUAAGAGAGUCACAGUGUACACUCUGUGGGGAGCCUGAAGAUUUGGAUUCUCUAACAGGGCAUGCAUUUCAAGAAGAAGAGGGUGGCGAUCUGCUCAAGUCGAGCUUCAGUUUUCCAGGGACGCCAGAGGAGGAGCUAGACCAGCAGUACUCAUGGUCGCCUUCUCAGCACUUCAAUGAAGAAAGAUACUCUCCUGCUCCGAGGAAUAUGAAAGGAUUAUCUGGUAGUCGCAAUCAACCACAGUUAUGUUCAGCUCAUACUUGUGGCUUAGCAUCCCCUGAAGAUUGUGAACAUACCCACGACCAUAUCCACCAUGGGCAGGAGCCAAGGCCAUCGUAUCUUCUCAGCCCCACGGAGAGUUGCCCGCUGGACCACCAUCGUUGCUCCCCACGCAGCUCCAUCCAUUCUGAGUGCAUGAUGAUGCCCAUGGUAAUGGGCGAUCACAUGUCAAGUAGCACUUUCCCCAGAAUGCACUACAGCUCACAUUACGACUCAAGAGACGACUGCGCCAUGUCUCACGGUAACCCUAAGAUUAACCGUAUUCCUGCAAAUCUUUUGGACCAAUUUGAGAAACAGCUUCCUCUUCACCGGGAUGGGUUUCAUACUUUACAGUACCAGCGGACCUCAACAGCUGCGGAACAACGCAGUGAGAGCCCGGGAAGGAUACGCCAUCUCGUUCAUUCCGUCCAGAAACUUUUUACUAAAUCUCAUUCUCUGGAAGGAUCAUCCAAGGGCAAUGUUAAUGGAACAAAGGGGGACAGUCGAGGGGACGAUCAUCAUCAUGGGCACCAUUCCAAGCAUAGCAAACGGAGUAAAAGUAAGGAGCGAAAACCAGAAGGCAAGCAUAAGUCUGGAAUGAGUAGCUGGUGGAGCUCUGAUGAUAAUUUGGACAGCGAUAGCACUUACCGAACCCCUAGUGUGGUAAAUAGGCACCAUACAGAUCAUAUAUCCCACUGCUAUCCUGAGGCACUCCAGGGGCAUUUUGGGGAUCUCUCAUUGAAGACUUCCAAAAGUAACAAUGAUGUGAAGUGUUCGGCUUGUGAAGGGCUACCAAUGACCCCUGAUAGUAAAUAUAUGAAAAGGAGUUCUUGGUCCACGCUUACAGUAAGUCAGGCUAAAGAAGCUUAUCGCAAAUCAUCACUGAACUUAGAUAAGCCUCUGGUUCACCAGGAAAUCAAACCUUCCUUGAGGCCGUGCCAUUACCUUCAGGUACCUCAGGAUGAAUGGGGAGGAUACCCAGCUGGUGGGAAAGAUGAAGAGAUCCCGUGCAGAAGAAUGAGAAGUGGGAGCUACAUUAAGGCCAUGGGAGAUGAAGAAAGUGGAGAUUCUGAUACUAGCCCCAAGACAUCGCCAAAAUUAACAGUUCGACCAGAGUCAUUAUUAAAAUCCAUUGGGCAAAGACCACUUGGAGAUCAUCAAAAUCAGAGCUACCUUCAAACUGCAAGUGACGUGCCUGGGGGUCACAACCUGGAUCCCUCUGCAAACUACAAUUCCCCAAAGUUUCGCUCAAGGAAUCAGAGCUAUAUGAGAGCAGUGAGCACGCUCAGUCAGGCCAGCUGUGUUAGUCAGAUGAGUGAAGCAGAGGUUAAUGGACAAUUUGAAUCGGUGUGUGAAUCAGUGUUUAGUGAAGUUGAAGCUCAGGCAAUGGAUGCCCUUGACCUCCCUGGGUGUUUCCGAACAAGAAGCCACAGUUACUUGCGUGCCAUUCAGGCAGGCUAUUCCCAAGAUGAUGAAUGUAUACCUGCGCUGACAUCUUCCAACAUCACCUCAACCAUCAGGUCAACCACAGCUGUAACUUAUACAAGUUACAAAAAAACACCACCACCAGUACCCCCUCGUACCACUUCCAAGCCACUGAUCUCCGUCACGGCACAGAGCAGCACAGAAUCCACCCAGGAUGCAUAUCACGACAGCCGGACUCAGAGGAUAUCCCCGUGGCCACAGGAUGGGCGAGGGAUGUACAACUCCACUGACAGCUUGGACAGCAACAAGGCCAUGAACCUGGCCCUGGAGACAGCGGCUGCGCAGCGCCACGCGGCCGAGAGCCAGAGCACCUCCAUACGGACCAGUGACAAGGCCAUCCUGGUGACAAAGGCAGAGGAGUUCCUUAAGAGUCGGCGUUCCUCUAUAGGGAUCCAGGUGGAAACAGCAACUGAUUCAGAUACUGAAAGCAGAGGUCUACGGGAAUACCACUCUGUUGGAAUACAAGUGGAAGAUGAAAAACGACAUGGACGAUUCAAGCGCUCAAACAGCGUAACAGCAGCUGUCCAGGCUGACCUGGAACUGGAGGGUUUUCCAGGACACAUCACCAUGGAGGAUAAGGGACUUCAGUUUGGCUCGUCAUUCCAGCAGCACUCAGAGCCCAGCACACCCACCCAGUAUAGUGCAGUGAGAACUGUACGGACACAGGGACUGUUCAGUUACAGAGAAGAUUAUAGGACCCCAGUUGACACCUCAAACCUUCCACCACCAGAGCCCUGGCUAGAGCCAGCCAUUGAGACAGUAGAGACUGGUCGAAUGUCUCCUUGUCGACGGGAUGGAUCUUGGUUUAUGAAGUUACUACACACUGAAACUAAGAGAAUGGAAGGCUGGUGCAAAGAAAUGGAAAGAGAAGCAGAAGAAAAUGAUCUUUCUGAAGAAAUCCUAGGUAAGAUCAGAAGUGCUGUUGGAAGUGCUCAGCUCCUCAUGUCUCAGAAAUUCCAGCAAUUUUAUUGGCUUUGUCAGCAAAAUCUGGACCCGAGUGCCAUGCCAAGACCAACUUCCCAGGACCUUGCAGGUUUCUGGGACUUACUGCAGCUCUCAAUUGAAGAUGUCAGCAUGAAGUUUGAUGAACUGCACCAGUUGAAACUCAAUGAAUGGAAAAUAAUAGAAUCACCUGAAAGGAAGCCAACGGGUUGGUGGAUGGAAGAAAGAAAGAUUCCCCCUCCUGUACCAAAGAAGCCCCCAAAAGGAAAAUUCCCUAUCACAAGAGAAAAAUCUCUGGACCUACCUGACAGACAACGACAAGAAGCUAGAAGACGGCUGAUGGCUGCCAAGCGAGCAGCCUCUUUCCGGCAGAAUUCAGCCACAGAGCGUGCAGACAGCAUUGAGAUCUACAUCCCAGAGGCUCAAACCCGGCUUUAAAGACAGAAUGCUGCAGAGUUCCUUUUUUUAAGCAAAAUGCUUGUACAGUUUGUCACUUACCUGGUAAUUUUUGUCUCAUUCUCUCCACUAAAUAUGCCCUUGAUGUUGUGUUCUUUGUGCCAUAAGCACAGUGGAAUGCUUUUGAUUUCCUCAGAAUUUGCUGAGCUCACCGCAAGAAUGACUUCUUUUUGUAUUUAUUGUCUGACUUACAAUCAGCUACAAUGGAUAGGGCUUGUCAAGACCUGACUUAUCCAAUAUAUUCUCAGAGGACAACAAGAAACACCUCUUGAGAUGGAACCCAGCUUACUUUUUGUUAUUUAUAUUUUUAUAAAAUGUGUGAUAAUUAGGGAUAAGAAUAACAAACUAUAAAUGGGUGCAUCUCACCAUUCACUAGAGGCAUUAGCUAAUCCAAGUAGAAGGUGCUACAAAUGUAAAGAGCAGGAAAGAAAGAACCCAUUUAUCUCCUUGACCUCCAGUUUCUUUUCCUAAAAUCCAGCUAACAUAUUUACCCAUGUGCUCUUCCACUCUUCUCAUCUUUGUUACUGCAAAAUAACAUUAGGCCUCUCAUCUCAUUCAAGUUUCUGGAGAUGAACAGGGAUAUCCAGCCACUAAAACUCCAAAGUUCAUCAGAAACCAAGAAGCAUACGAGUCUGGUGAUGGUGGGAAUGUCUACUAAGAAACGUUUGCUGUUAGCAGUAUAACGACACUCUGAAACCUAAGCAAAAUUGUAAUGCAAGAGGACUUGAGUGAUGGGUGAAAGUAAAAUGGAAGCCUUAAAAAGUUAGAUCUUCUGUAGUAAGAUGAGUAAAGAAAAAGUUAUGCUCACUCCUUUGGACCACUCAUUGCAUUUUUAACAGUUCUUUUACAUGUUAAUAUUUAUUUUAUAAACCUUCUCUCUUUCAUUUCAAGAGCUGUGCUACAUGUACUAUUUCAAACUCUCAAAUUGUUAUAACAAUUGAGUUUCCAGGGUAUCCUUGAGAACAAAAAAAUCUUGCUUGUUUAAAAUGCCAGUUGUGAUGUUGUAAACAGUUUAAGAAAUAUGAAUGUGAGUGGUAAGUAUAUAUAAGUUUAAAUGGUUAUGUUAAGGUAAGGUAAACUGUGGUUUACAAUUGUAUUUUUUUUUUAGAACUAUUUUUCUAUGCAGUUAUCAUUUAUGGCAAGAAUAAGGUUCUUGCUUGCUUCAGACAUAGGAAAAAAAAAAGAAAAAAAAAGAAAACAACAAAAAAAAAAGAAAACAAAACACCUGACUCAAGAGAUAAGUGAUUUCCAGCCAUGGAAUAUAGGGAAAAUAAUAUAUUUUCAAGCCUCAAAGGUCAGAAUAGAGAAGUGGGAGCUACCACAGUCAAGAGGCUUUAAUUUAAAACAAAUUAGGACAGAAUUAUUCCACUUCACCUACCUUCCAGAGCCAACCCAGCAAUCCAGCACUUAGAAGUCUUCAGGUGAAGACGCAAUAAAAUGAGUAACAUGCAGCCCCCGAUACCAAGGUUUGGAUCCUACUGAACGCAAGUUUAGGUGAAAAGAAUGAGAACCCAGUGAGACAGACAGCCCCAGUUACCACAUUCCCUCUUUACCUGCUUUAACAAAUGCAACAUAUUUAGCCAUAGGCAGAACAACUCUUUAAUUAUACUCAAGCACUUUGGUUCUUCACCUGUUAAGCACUUUAAAUCCAAAUCCCACACACCCUGCAGCCUGAUGGAUGACUGAAAGAAAACAUGAAGUACCGUAGGUUAUGCAGAUCUGACAUUGCUUCAAAUCUGUUUUCUUUUGUUUGUUUGGUUGGUUUUUCCCUUCUCUUUUUCCUACAGUGUGUGGUAUUAAGCAUGAGUUCUGUCUUUGGACAGCUGAUAAAGCAUGCUUGGCUUCAAAGUAUGAAUCUUUAGAGAUGAAGUUUUGAGAAGUUUCUGUGAGAAGACACCCCUGUAAAUUUAGCCUGGUAUCUGGUAUAUACUUUGCCAAAUAGCCUUAAAACUAUAUUUGAAGCAAAAACCAAGAAGAAUGUAUAUCCUUCAAGAAUGCAAAAAAAAAAAAAAAGAAAAAAAAAAGAAAAAAAAGGAAUAAAAAAGAAUAAAUCCCUGUAAUAUUCUUCUAUAGACGAAAACAUUAUAUUUCCCAUCCCUUGUGUUUUCAAGGCAUUUUCUAUUAAGGAAAAGAGAUGAAUCCUAGUCAGUGUACAAUGUUGAUGCUACUUCCUAUAUUUGUUGUACUAUUUUAAAUACAGAAGUACAUGCAGAGACUGGCAUCUUUAGUCUUGAAAACUGGUAUCUUAAAGUGGAGCUGCUAAUUAGAAUAUUCAUACAAAACCAAAGCCAGUAUUUUCCCUCGACUGAAGAAAUUGAAAGUAGAGACACAUACACCUGUACACAUAUGGCAGCUGAUACAUUUUAUCUCAUUUCCUGUACACUUACAGGAGAAACCCUCCUACUUACAGCAACAGGUCAUGCAAUUAAGACAAGCUACACCUGAUCCUGCCAGUAAUCAGACUUUAUGAAGAGAAAUUGUAAACCAAACAGAUUACAGAUAAACUGAGAUCCCAGCUGGCCUAAUAAUGCUGACUUGGAGGACUCUAUGUUCUACAUUUCCCAUGCUAUUAUAAAAAAAUUCUCAGUGUAAGAUUUAUAAAUCUAUGAUUUCUGUUUGUUCCACCUUGUUCAAACCAACAAACAAACAAAAAACAAAAAAACUAAACAAACAAACCCCACAAAAAACAAUUGGAAAAAAUCAAAAGUAAACUAGAUGCCUACCAACAAAUCUGAUAAUGUUAUCUGUGCACAUUACAUUUUGAAGUGCAAUAUAUUAAAUUAUUGUACAGGUAACAUUGUAUCUUUAAAGACAAAUAAGCCAUUUCAAUUUACAUAUUGUACACCUGGUUAGCUUAGAAAGAUAACAUUAUGCUCAUCAUAUUUGUGUUGCAAAUAAAUCAAAGUCAGAUUGUUUCAUUCUCUGAGAUGAGAAACACCAUAUGUUAAUAAACAUAUAACCAGAUCAAGUGUAAUCUGACUCCACAUCACAAAAAUGAAAGUCAGUUACAAAACCAAAGUAGGAGGAACAUAAAUAAACAGAAAGAUAGGAACUAGAAUGUUUUCUUCUUUGAGAGUUCAUGGUAUAGACUCUCUCAGAACAGCUGAAUAUAGCAAAAUAGCCUAGUGUUUAAUUAAAUAUUAAUUGGGCUAAUAUGUAUUUUAACACAUUAAAAUUAUAGAAAGUCUCUAUUCAUUUAGUCAUUGCCUGUAAAACACAAGUAUACUAAAGAGAAUUCAGAAAAUUUAAAUAAGGAAAAAGGCCUGAAUGGUAAAACUGUUGAUAUUUGCCAUACUUACUUUUGCUUUGUAUAUUAUUUUAGAUUUGAAAUUCUUUGUAAUUUGGUGAAGUACAUUAUGAAUUGUUUUAUUAUUUCAUGUCCACCUGAUUAGAAUGGCCUUUGGCAGAAUGCAAAGAUUAACAAUAUUGUACAGUUUAAUACCAAAAAGUGAUAUUUUAAUUCAUGCUUAAGCCUUGACACUAUAUUAGAUUUGAGAUCAAUCAGGAAGGAAUUAAAGCGUGCAUAGGAAAGUGUGUGAAUUUCAUAUACAUAGAUAGAUAUAACAUAUAUUUCAUAUAAUGGAAAUUAUUUGUUUUAAAAUAAGCCCACGUCCUGCUGUAUCAGUAAAUUAAUACUCUACUUCCUCAGCACUGCAUCUAGUAUAUAGUCAAGGAAUGUUUGGUCAUUGGGUGGUUUUGCAAGUAGCAGCUACGCGACGGAGUGUCACACGUGUCCUGUGUGCCACGUGGGGCCCGCAGCCUGCUCGUGGCCAUGGAAGCAGUGCCCUUCAGAGGUCCCUGGCCCCGUGGCACCUCAGGCAGUGUCACUGUUCUGUCCCAGGCCCUCUGCAUGCAGGGCCCCCGGCCCCUCGCCUGGAGCAGUGAGCCUCCACAUCAGCCCAGCUCAGCCUUUUACACUCAAAGCCUUGGGCCUGCCCUGCCCAGUUGGUGGGUUUGAUGUCCUCCUCAGCACUUCAGUGUUGGCACCAGUGGCAAGGGCACACUGGAGGCUGACCCAUCAAGCCUUGGUUUGUGCAUGCCGAUUGGAGGCCUGAAACUGGUUUGGCAGCUCCAGGUGUCAAGCUGUGUGCACUGAAACCCUGUGAAACCAGAGCCUCCGUGUAAGACAGCUUAAAUGAAUCAUGAAGCAACGUACCUCCCAUUACUGUUCCACAGCAUCUUAUGAUGCAGGGAUACCACCCGCCAACUGCGCUUGAGGUAAGGAAUACAACAAACCCCUUAAUGUCUAGAGAGGUGCUUCCUGGUGUAUGACAGGUUGACACCCACAUUUAUACAGUGCCUUUCAUCCAGAAGGAUCUGCAAGCACUUUAUUAGCCAACACACAAACUCCAGGCUGGGCUGCAGCUGGGACAGGUAACCCAGCAUGGCGGGAUGCUAGGAGUUCUCCCACCUGUCCCCAUGCUGCUGGGGAGUUUCCUUCCACAGCACCCUUCCAGCAUCUGGGACCUCACAGUCUGAAUCUGUGCUGAAGGAGAAGACAAGACUACUGAACCAAGAGGAGGACCUGAGCAAAGCAGAGAUGAGGGCAAUCAGUGCUCAUACCAUCCCCCAGGAAGUAGGCAGGGAGUGAUGAGCAUCAAAUUAACCUUCCAGAACGAUCUCUGCCUUUUCUGUUCCUGACAGCAGCAGUGAGGUCCCGGCAGUGGAGGAGCACCAUGGGAGGGUGCUGGAGGAGACUCCUGGCUGGUGCCAGGCACAGGAGCUGAUGUCACCAGCAGCUGAGCCCUCUUGGUCAGGAAUCUUGGCAAGUCUCCCCUUCGCAAGUGCAUUUUCCCCCGCUUUUUUAGCGGGAGAGAUCCAUCUGGGGUACUUGCUGCACAAGCAGCCUCCCCCAAACGCCCUGUUCUCUCUCCAGGUCUGCCCUCCAGCCCAGCUAACCCGAGGGAUGAUGUGGGGCACAGGACUUAGGCAUGAUGAUUGUGCUUUGGUUUGGGCAGCUGCUCUUUUGGGAGACUCAGCCCUAACCCUAAGGGUUCUUUUAUGGCAGAGCAAUGGGGACACCUCUCUCUGCAGAUGAGAGGCCACCAUUUCAUGCAGAGAACAGAAAGAGGAUAUAUACAUAUAUCAAUAUAUACACAUAAUGAUUUUUCACCGUCAAGGUUCCAGAGAACCAGACCCAGGAACCACAGUCAACACACACAUUCCUGUAGAUUGUGCCACUUUCUUGCAGCUCAUCCUCAACACCGAUGGCUGCAGCAGGUUCACUGCCUACUGCAGCCCCAUGGCCCAUCAGCAGCUAUUCACCGUGUUCACCUCCAGGGACCAUCUUUCAGGAACAGAUGCUUUACAGCAUACUCAUAUGCAUAUACAGAGUCCUGUCAGGAAUUAAGCCCUCUGUAUCCACAGAAGUUGCUUAAUUUAUCUCUGAAAUGCAGCUACCUCUAUGGCAUAAUGCUGUAGCUGUUUUACUACAUAAUAAGCUGUUCAGGACAACAAGUAUAAAAUCAAAAUUGAAAUGGAACGUUGCCCAAAAGAAAAUUUGGCCAGCAUAUGUGGGCUGAUUCAGCUCCUCUUAAUGAAAUAAAAUUCCAAUAGCUGAAAGAGGCUAUGGCAUUCGCUACUGAAUGUCUUUUCCAACAUAAACAAUUCUAUGAUUCUGUAUCUAAAAACAGUAUUCCAGAUCUUUUCUCAUUAAAUGCUUAUCACAUUUCAUAGAAGAUGAUAGCAGACGAAGACUGCACGUUCACUGAUCCACCUUUCCACACACAGAUUUUGUCCCAUUACCCUUCAUUGCCAGAAGAGAACUGGGCUUUUGAAGUCAGAUCUUAGUUAAGGUGAAUUAGUCUGUCUACACGGCUUACUCUUUAACUGAGCAAACACAGAACAGUUUUCAUCAGCUGGUAAUUUAAUUGUAUAUUUUAUUAAGGCCAAAUUGUUAUUUUUCUAAAUUGGUUUUGUUGGACAGGAUUUUUUACUUCUCUAGGUACAAAACCAUGGAUAUUUUCACCUAAGCAUAAAUGAGGAGGAGGCUUAUCUGAAUAUACAGUCAUUAUUCACAAACAUAGCCCAUUAGUGAGGAAUUUUCUUCUUCUUACCUUGCCACUCUUUCAUUCAACACACUAUUUCCCAGUCCUAAAAACUUCACUGUCAUAGUCAUACAAGUUUCUUGUUUGUGAAAUGGAUUAUUGUAGAGCAUCGGGAUAAGUUCUGAUCCCAGUUGUAUUAGAAUCAAUGCUCAGAAACUGAAACCAGAAUGAAAUAUCAGACCUGAAUCAAUAUAAUUCAGAUCAAUAUCUGACUCAGCAAGUCUGAGGUAGGAAGGACUCUGUGUUCAAGGUAGCAAGUGUGCCAUUACUUUGCAGGAGCUCAUUUUUCCUUUCAGGUAGGUCAGAGUCAUGCAUAGGGCUCAGUAGUAGGUUUGAGUCUCUGAAGAGAGUCUUCACAAAGAAAUGCCAGCUUUUUAUAAUUACCAUGGAAUCCACAUGCUCAUAUCCAUGUUUUGAUUUACCCUUUGGAGGUUUAAUAGAAUGGCCAUCUCAUUUUAAAAGGGCUCAGCAUGUAUGUAUUAUUUAGUUCAAUUUAUACAUUAAUUUCUUGACUGAAAUAAAAUUCCCUUUCAAGUAGUCUGGCUUAUAUGCUCUAAAACUGUUCUUUCCUGAAGAAAAGCCACUAUGACUGUGCAGGAUUUUCUGUACAGAGACAAAACUCAUACUUUCAUUUACCAUGGACACGCCAAAAUAAUAAAGUGUGGCCUAAGGACUAAAUUAAAUGCCUCCUAUAGAACUUCAAGGAAUGUUAGUACCAGGAAACUAGCUGUUUAGUUAUCAUUAAAAGUAUAUAUAAAUAUAUAUAAAUAUAUAUAUACAUAAGAAAUCAUAUCAACAAUGAGGAUGAACUGAGUGCCAAAUAUUCACCAUCUGUAUAAAGCUACACUUCACUAGAAUUAAACUAUUUUAUGUAAUUCUUUCUCAUGCUUUUAUGGUUCUUUUGAUAAAUUCUAUUUAGUAGCAUGCAGGAUACCUAAAUUGAAUGUACAGUAUGUUGUUUCAUUGCUACAAUAAUUUAUUGCUUCUCAGUAAUAUCUUCUUUACCAGAAUGUUAUUUGUUACUUUGAAGACAUAUUUGAAAAUUGUUUUAUUAUUGAGUUAUUCUUUUUUUUCAUGGUUCUCUACUCACCUCCAGCUGAUUGUAAGAAAAUGUGCUUCACUAUUUUGCCCCAUGGCUCUUUUAUGAAGCUGCCUCUUUCAACUGGUUUAUGUAUUGUUUAUGUUCAUCUCCUGUAAAUAAUUCUGCAAUUAAAUUUUUUGAGAAAAAAUA